ACUAAUCCGUAUUUUGCAGGCUACGUUCGGCUAGUAACUAAUUUGGGUAUGCUGAACCUAGAAUUACACUGUGAUAUGGUCCCCAAAACUUGUGAAAACUUUAUGAAACAUUGUGAAAAUGGAUAUUAUAAUGCUACCAAAUUCCAUAGGUCAAUAAGGAACUUCAUGAUUCAAGGAGGUGAUCCUACUAACACAGGAGGUGGUGGUGAAUCAAUAUGGGGAAACAAAUUUGAAGAUGAAUUUCGACCAAACUUAUCGCAUACAGGGCGUGGUAUUCUUUCUAUGGCCAAUUCAGGAAAACAUACUAAUGGAUCCCAGUUUUUCAUUACCUAUCGGUCAUGCAAACAUUUGGAUAACAAACACACUGUUUUUGGCUCAGUCGUUGGGGGUAUGGAAACUCUUUCAGCAAUGGAGGAAAUAGAGGUUGAUAACAAAGAUAGACCAAUCACAGACAUUAUUUUAUUCAGGACUCAGAUUUUCGUAAACCCAUAUGAUGAGGCAGAUGAGCAG